AUGAAGCAGGCAGUAGUCGGUUAUAAAGUUCAAAAUCUCUUGAACUUCCUUGUGGAGAACCCGCAACUUAAAGAUGAGGUUAUCGGCAUUUCUGAGCCCUUGGCAGCGACGCAGACGGAAUUUGUGAUGAGGAGGCGUAGGAGUUUGCAAGAUGAGGAUGCGAUAACAGUAUAUCUUCUUGGCAUGGAGGGGACAGUAGCACCGUUGCCAUUGGUCUCGCAGGUUCUUCAGUGGCAGGCGGAGAAUAUAAAGGCUUUUGUGCACUCCCAUUUCCCAGGAGACGCAGACCUUUGUGGAAUUAUUGGAAGGGCAUCGCAGUGUCUGCCCCCCCUUAGAAAGGCGUUGAAUGCAACCCAAGUGGAUAAGGAUGAAGUCCUCAGCUUAUUUAUAGAUCAUAUUGAUGCACUGGAAAGCGCCAAAGUUCCCUACCCCUCAUACUAUUCUGAGUUACUGGAGAUGGUGCUAGAGGAUGGUUUUACAAGUGAGGUUUUGCAUUCCAAACUCUUCCAAGACGCUGCGAUAAGCAUAAAGGAGUGGGGCUCGCCGCGACAACAACAAACAUUUGUUGCCAUCUGUAGUAUUUGCCCCACUGCCACGGCGAGGAUGCUCCUUCGCUACUGUAGCUAUGACGAUCUUUCACCCUAUGUGUUUGACUACUUUGAUCAAAGGAGUGUUGGCUCCAUGAUUGAGCCGCAUACCUAUCUAACCAUAAGACGACGGCUUGAGAAAAGCCUCAGUCGCAUAAGCAGUGAGAUCAAUGUUGUAUUUAUUACCGAUUCUUCAAAUGGCGCUGUAGCAGCUAAUGCAUCAGGCGCCGCGGAUGCGACGUUUUUCUCGGUGCGCCCUUUUAACAAACCCGUGACACUGGAUACUCUGUUUGUGCUUGACGCCGCGACCAUUUCUUCGUUCCAUCAGCUUCGUGGAGGAGGUGUGUCGUAUCCGCUGCUUUGUGCCGAAGCGAGGGAGUGUAACAGUAGGAGGGCUGCGUCUAAUGAAAAGAGAAAAACGCUGCCCCAAGGAGCGGUAGUGUAA